AUGGCUUCUGUGAUCAACGUCCCAGCAAACGAAGUAUCUCGGGGAAAUGUUAAUAUAAACAGAGCCAGUACAGCAGUAACAUCCACUAAUGCACCAAUUACAACGAAUAACACACAAACAAAUCAAGAUAAGUUACCCAAAGAUUGUGAAGAUGUAGAAAGUUUAAAAGGUAGAUUUUCAUGGAAAUUAAUUGAUGGGUACCAUGUACCCUAUAUCAUUAGAGUAAUUAAUGGUGAACAGUUAAAAUUUGUAUCCGUACGUAUGGCACAAAGAGAGCUACUCAGCAAAUAUUUACAUUAUUUACAUACAGAUAUACUUACAUGUACAUCUGUAAAAAGUUACUUCAUCAAUAAAUCUGAAGCAAUACUAUUAAAUUCUAUAAACCAAGAGCAUACCGAAUGUAUAUACGGGAAUCAAAAGUUUUUGGAGGGAAAAGAUUAUAUUGUGAGUUUAGAAGAUGCUCAUGAAUUUUAUACGUUCAUAGAAGCAUGUUAUGAAAAAAUAGUGUUCAAUAUUACUCCAGGCCGCAUAGAGAAAUGUGGUUUUAUUCGCAUUAACAACUCUGAAUUGGCUGUGCCAUAUUGUAUAAUUGAUAACCAAAAGUAUGUCCCGCUCUUCUACUUUGAAGGCGAAACAACUGAAAACAUAAAACAUCGAUCUAUAAAAUUGGAAAAUUGGAACUUUGCUUAUCUUAAGUUCUGUUUUAAAGUUAUGGGUAUUAGAAAUGAGUUGUAUGCCGGUGACUUUUGCACAACAAUUAACCUUGAAGAUAUCAUAAAUAAUUUUCCACCGGAAACUACUUUUGAGGAAUUCUGGCCGGCUUAUAUGGCUAAUAAAUUCCUCUUAACUAAUCAGAAGUCUACCCAUGUAAAUCCACUUGGCUCCUGGAUCAGAGCACCCGCUGAAGUAGUACCUGCUGAGGAUACUAUUGCUCACCCUUUAACCGCACCAGCACCAUUACCACCGAGUAUACCAGUUAUGAUUAACACGUCAUAUCAAAACGGAUGGCCAGCAGACCAAAUGGUUCCAACGAUGUCUCAAGGCAGCAGUUUGGUAAACAUUGCGGAUCGAACUCAGCAGCCAUAUAGUGGCCAACCUGUGCAUUUAAGGAAUUUUAGGCCUGUGGUAACUGUUCAGCAAUUAGAAGUCACUGCCGUAUCGUCCCCACCAUCCAGCCUUGUUCCUCCAGCUGUGCCAUUGAAUCCUCUUCGGCCUAAUAUACCGGAACGAACGUGGGCAUGUAACACAUCUAAAAAUGCCGCAUAUAAGAUCCAAAAGGUAAAAUUUCAAGGGAGAGUUUUACAUUGCAUAAACGCUAAACCAUACAUCUAUUCGGAUUUGAUGGUGACAUUACACGAUUUCGUAAAGACGGUGUUGCCGAUGUGUAGUGUCAAGAAAUGCGCUUCAGUCUUAAACACAUACUUGAAAACAGAACUAUUCUAUGGAAAUUCUGAGCAGUUGGCCGUGUUGCGGGAAAAUGGACUACUCAGGGCGAUGUACCCGGAUGAAACACAAAUGGCCAGCCUAAAAGAUGUCAGGCAAGCUUGGCCGCAAUUAAAAGAAUUGGUACUCAAGAAUGAUGAAGAAUUACAACGAUACCAAGCUGCUGCAGCUGCUGCGGGUGGUCCGGCUAAAAGACAACGCACUAGCUAG